AUGACGAGAUUUGAACUAUUGUCACAGAAGAAUGCGCAAGGAAUACCAACAGACGAACGAAAUAUAAGAAAUGGUAUCCAUCACGAGAAGGAAUCAAAGAAGAAUAGAAUCCUUAUAAUACCUGCUAUUAGUUGCGAAAUGUUGCCUUUGACAGUUCAGAAAACUAUAGAAGUUGACAAACCUACCGUAAAAGAAGAGUUACAAAAUCAUAAUAUACAUUAUAAUGUUUGA